CAUAGAACCUAACUGCCGACGUAAUAUUCACUUCGUUCUCGUCACCUUCUUCUCUUUCUUGCUUGCCUACAGAUCUCAUUAUCGAGGUGUAAAUUAGGGGCCCCCUUCACUGCCCGUUGCUUCCCCGUGAUCUCGGCCAAAUACUCGCAGCAGGCGAGGCGAAGACUUAAUGUCUUCCCUUCGCACUUGGCUCCGGGGUUCUUCCUCCACAACCUCUUCGACUACAACCAUUACUCUGAACCAGAGUACGCUGCCCUGCGAAAUUGCUCUCAAUGACACCAACCGCACCAAUGCUGCUAAGCUCUCCAUCCUGGUCGCCGAGCAGGAAGCGGCCGAUAUGGAAGAUGCCAUGGCUGCCGCGGGUCUGAUCAUGAACGAUGACAUUGAAGGUGCGGAAGCGCGACUUGAGCUACGAAAGGACUCGUCUACUUUCCAUCUGUUUGCCCUGGGCGUGUCAACCUUCAUGAAGAGCAUCCUGGGCUUUGAGAAGGGAAUUAUGGCUGAGGCAUCAUGUCGCCUGUCAGAGUGCGAAACGAGAGCCUGGGCAGAUCUCAAGAGAGCCCAGAGGGAGGCCGAUAAGGCUACCGGCGGCGGUUAUUGGUACGGAAGGAGUGCUGGGGCGAGCGAUGUCACCGCUGAGAACAUCUUUCCGCCUGGCUGCGAGUAUGCUCUCGUCCACGCGGAGGCCCAGUUGAUGAAUGCUGUCGUGGGAGUCAUGCAUGAGAGCCUGACUGAGGGCAUCAAGGGCUUCUAUAAGCUCCGGAAAGCGUUCAUCACACUGGAGGGCAUUAUGGAGUCCGAGGCAAAGGCCCUAAAACAGGUACAGGGCGGGACAACGCCCGGACAGUUGUCGGACACCAAACGGACGCGGUCAAGGAUGUCAAGUGACAUGAUGCCAGGAAGUUUUGACGAGGCUGAGUUUGUGGACUUUGAGGAAACCAGCGAGAAGGGGAGUGAUAGCGAUGCCGAGUUCGUCGAUGCUUCUGCCGGUCUAUCAGGUACUCAAACACCCAGCAGUGUGGCGGGAUUGAACAAACCUGUUGGACCUGCAAGUACUUCGCGUCCCAGUACUCCCGCAGUCGAGAGAAUACUGGCCGAGCCCUCAUCAACCUCUUCCGGGCCCCUUGAUGGACGCAAUCACAUGCGGAACACAUCCAGAUCCUCGUCUCGUCCGGCGACACCUUCACUCAACCCGCUCGCAGCACAAUCAGUAUCCCAAACACCACCCCGGCCCGUCUCUGCGCAUAAGAAAACCACCGGCGGCGCAGAUGCCGGACUCUUUACCUCUACCAGGGACAUAUUCGUUCAUAGCGGCGCAAACAUGUGCUUCGGCGCGUUACUACUCAUCAUCUCCAUGGUCCCCCCGGCCUUCUCACGCCUCCUCCACAUUGUUGGUUUCAGAGGCGACCGGGACAGAGGCGUCCAGAUGCUCUGGCAGAGCACCAAGUUCCCAAACGUCAACGGCGCGGUCGCGGGCCUUAUCCUCCUAGGGUACUACAACGCGCUUCUCACCUUCGCGGACAUCCUCCCCAGCGACCGGGACGUCGAGGAGCUGACCAAGCCGGAGGCGGAGGGCGGCGAGAUAGUCGGGUACCCCAAGGAGCGGUGCCGCGCCCUUCUCGCCGACAUGCGCACCCGAUACCCGGACAGCCGGCUCUGGAGGCUCGAGGAGGCCCGCGUGCUCGCCAACAACCGGAGGCUCGACGAGGCCAUCAGGACCCUGUGCGACACCUCGGACAGCAACAUGCGCCAGAUAACGGCGCUGAACGCGUUCGAGCUGAGCAUCAACGCAAUGUUCGCCAUGGACUGGCCGCUCGCGCGCAAAUCCUUCCUGCGAUGCGUCGAGCUCAACGAGUGGAGCCACACCAUCUACUUCUACAUGGUCGGCUGCGCGGAGCUGGAACAGUAUCGCGACGCGUACCACCGGGCCGCCAGCCUGGCCGCCGCGGCAACGGCAGCGGAGGAGGCCGGAGGGGAGGCAGAGGAGGCACAGCGGCAGCGGCAGCUGCAGCUCGGGGAGGCGCGGGCGGCGGCGCGCCAGCACAAGAAGGCGGCCGAGGAGUUCUUCCGCAAGGCGCCGGCGGUGGCGGGGCGGAAGCGGUUCCUGUCGCGGCAGAUGCCGGUCGAGGUGUUUGCGAGCCGGAAGCUGCGGAAGUGGGAGGAGCGGGCGGCGGCGCUGGGCGGCGGCGUCGACCUCGCCGACGCCGUAGGAGUCUCGCCGGCCAUGGAGAUGGUGUACGUCUGGAACGGGAGCAAGAGGAUGUCCCCGGCGCUGCUGGAAAGGGCCGCAGCGCUGCUGCCGUGGGAGCGGUGCACCGCGCCUCCGGAUAAGGUGGCCAGGAUCCGCGAGGAGGCGGACGAGGUGGGGAUACAGGCCGUCAUUGAGGCUUCGCUGCUGCGCUGCCAGGGCCGUGUGGAUGAUACUAGGGCUGCGCUAGAACCGACUUUGAAACUGGACAGGAGUGUGUUCAAGGGGCCGACAAGAGACGACUACGUCUUGGCCGCAGCACACUACGAAAUCGCCGCAGUGGCAUGGGUCGAGGCAUGCAACAGCCAGCACUGGCCCCCCGGAGCAAGCGACGAGGAGAUUGGGUCCUACCGGCGGCAUAAGGUCGACGAGUGCCAGGAGCAUCUACAGAAGGUGGCGAGGUGGGAGGGGUUCGUCCUGGACGCGCGGUUCGGGAUGCGAGUUCAGGCCGGGCUGGACAGCGUGCGUUGGCUGAAAGGGAAGAAGGAAUGGGUGUAGAGCUCGAGACGGCGGCUGAUCAUGGGGGAGCUGGGAAAGUUGCUUUUCGUCUAUGGGGGGUGGGCACAGUAUUAUUGGGUGUAUUGGGUAGGCUCUCGAGAUCUUUGGCGCAUUAUGCAAGGGAGAGAAUGGCUCGGCAACAGGUGCAUUUGCGAGGUGCAUUUGCGGGAAAACGAGCGAAUUCAUUGAUCACUUAACUCCUUAUCUCUCCCAAACUGUCCAAACCAACCAGUGUAAACCCAAAUUGAUAUCCGUGUUGGCCAGGACUCCAUCAAAACCAUCCGAAUCAUUAUAAUCACCUCACUCUGAAUACCCCUUUCAAUAGGGGCAACGCCACACCCACCCUACUAUUCCUCCUCCCCCU